AAAAAAAAAAAAAAAAAAAAAAAAAAAAACACUUCCUUUAAAGGGCCACACAGCACUUCCCUUUAAGACGAACCAUAACAACCCAACAGCUGAUGUGAAAGAUGGCGGCUGCGAACACGGACUCUAGAGGAGCCGGAGAGCAAAUCAAAGCCAUUUUACGCCGCUGCAAGGGUCGACCGAGGCUGACGGACGCGGACCGGGCUCAGCGGCGACUUGAGUCACGGAAGAAGUAUGAUGUUCGGCGGGUUUAUCUGGGAGAAGCGCAUCAGGUCUGGAGCGAGCUGCGCCGACGCACGAGCCUGAGCGACGCUGGGCUCGCAGAGUAUUUAAUCCUGCUCAAUUCAGCAUACGGAGAGAAAUACCAGGAGAAAUAUGGCAAGAGCAAAAACCUGCCUAAACAAUGCAGCAGUCAUCGCAAAGGGGGGAAGGUGUCUGCCACCAGUUUGCAGGCUUUAAUGAGCUGGUAUCAAGGGCACUGCCAGUCGUGCCCGCAUGAGCCUGAACUACGGGCGGUGGAGCCAACAGUGGGUUUAUCCACAUCUGCACUUUGGCAGUGUUUGGCUGGUCAUUCGUUUGUGCAGUAUCUCCCCUGGCCUGCAGGAGGCGAGUCAGAAGUAGAAGAUGACAAUAAUGAGAAAGAUGAUGGUGUUCCUGAAAAGAAAUCUGCUCUCUGUGAAAAUAUCAAGAGUAGAAAAAGACUGCAAAACCAAAGGCAAUUGCAAGUCGAUGAGUUCGAAAGUGACACUGAACAAUCUUCCCCGAUGGCUCAUCAGACUACAUGCACAUCACUCAGUGACCUCCCAGGAACCCCUGUGGCCCACAGGAGCCCCGUCGCCUCAGAGCGCUGUCUAAGGAACCAGGCCGUGUGGGCGAUGGAGGUGCUCAUGUACCACGAAGCACAAGCUGCCAUCACCGAGUCCGAUAGGAAGGCCUCACGUCAGGAUGCAUCGAGAGACAGUGACCCUGUCCUGGAGCAAGUGGACGGUUCGAGAACUUUAGAGAAGGCGGAAAGUUAUGAGUGCAUGGAAGUCAUGGCGCCCUUAACAGACAAGCGAGAAAGGGAAGAUGUGGCCAAUCGCCCGGAACAAGGUGUGGGGCAGGGGAUCACGCACUCUAUUGAUCAAGGCAUUGCACACAUGCCGUUGGCAGCCGCCGCAGCACAGAGCGAGCUUUUCGAGACUCAGGAUCUACAGACGGUGAUGGGCGGCUGUGAGCUGCCAGACCAACGCUCCACACUAGAUGGGUCACAACUGCUCAUAAUUACAGGUCCCAGUUACGAGGCUCUGACGUCUGAGGGCAUUCAGCUGAACGUGGGUGGUGGAGAUGUGGAGGAGGUCACAUGUACUGUGAUUGGGGACAUGACGUAUAAUCACAUGUGCCAGUCAGGAGCGACCUCGGGUCCCAUCAUCGUCACAGAUAUGGGUGAGAAGCAGUUAUUGGAACCCAGUGAAGAAACGCACUGUCCGAAGGAGCUUCACAGAUCUUUGAAUAGAACUAAGAGGAGCCGAAGGGGUCCAGUAAUCGAGGCGGACGGCAUGCUGAAGAUGUUCCACUGUCCAUAUGAAGGCUGCAGUCAGGUGUACGUGGCCAUCAGCAGUUUCCAGAAUCAUGUGAACCUGGUACACAGGAAGGGUCGGACCAAAGUCUGUCCACAUCCAGGCUGUGGGAAAAAGUUUUAUUUGUCCAACCACCUUCACCGUCACAUGAUCAUUCACUCAGGAGUGCGAGACUUCAUCUGUGAGACGUGCGGCAAAUCAUUCAAACGCAAGAAUCAUUUAGAGGUGCACAGACGAACCCACACGGGAGAGACGCCGUUACAAUGUGAGAUAUGUGGGUAUCAGUGUCGACAGCGAGCGUCACUCAACUGGCACAUGAGGAAACACACAUCUGAAGCACACUUCAACUACACAUGUGAGGACUGCGGCAAACGAUUCGAGAAACUCGACAGCGUCAAGUUCCACAAACUCAAGAGCCAUCCAGACAAACAGAGCUCCUGAAGAAAGAAUGAUUGAACUCUUAAAGACGAAAAUAAACUUGAGAAUGUGCACAGUUUUAUUAAGGCUGCACUUGAACAAAGUGUUUCUUAGCAGUAGUUGCAUUUGUGCACUGAAUUUUUAGAAAAACCUUUUCUAAAGGUAAAGGUAAGGGCCUGGUAUUGGCCUGAAAAAAAAGCAAUGUUUGCUAAAUCAUAAUGGACAUGGAAAAGAAAAUAGUUAUUUACUGUGCUGGACACAGAAAUCGGAAACAGAUUCUACUUGCAUUAAAAAAUUACCGAUUGACUUUGAUGCAUUUUUGUUUUGUAAUGCAUAAAGUUUUUAUUUACGAUCUCAGUUGAUGGACUUAUAGUUGAGUCCAAAAGUCUGAGACCACUGCAAUACAUUAGUAUUUUUUUUCCAUUUAAUCUUGGAAAUAAACAGUUUUAGGUUUUAAAACAAAUAAACCAAAGAAAAGUUAUAAUAAUAUUUGAGAUUCUACAUGUUUCCUAAUCGCUAAUCAAGUAAGCAAAUUUGUGAAAUUGACCAGGAAAACUCCGAACAGAUGGUCAGAUUUUCUUGCUUCCAUUGAAGCACACAAGAUGUUCUCUGGAACAUUCUCAAUUCAUGCUGGAUAACUUGAUCAUCAGGUUUUGUUCACGGCAGCUCCAGUGCAUGGAAAAGUAGGAAAUAUCAAAUACUAAGUUAUUCUGAAAUUCACAUACAGUUUUCAGUUAAACUUUUCAAUCAAAAUGUAAUGCAUUGUAAUGAAAAAAUAGUAACUUUGAAAUGAAUGUAAAAUAGAAGCAUUUUCACUAGUGUUCUCAGAGUUUUGGACCCCACUGGACAUAUGGAUGCAAUACCUUAUAGAAACUAUGACCAUACUGCUUCACACAUCUCUGCCAAGACUUGAUGCAAUGUCUUUUGUAAUCCAUGUUUUUUUAAAUCGGUCUUUCUAAUUGGAAAUUGAGCACAACUGUUCGGUUCUGGAAGUAAAAAUCACAUUAAUUCUUUCAAUUUAUUGUUCAUGCUUAUAAAACUUUAAAGACAGACCUACCUUGCGCUCCUCAGUUAAUCAAAGGUAUAUUCUUCUGCUGAAGCCAUCAGUCCACCUUAUUUCAACUUCAUAUUUUAAAUAUCGUUUUAAAUAGUGAAAUUUCUGAUGCAGAACUACACUACCCCUUAUCCUAAGGGGGAAAAUCCAUCAAUGAGAAUCGCGAUCAACAAAGCGUGCCAAAAGAGCUCUGUGGCAAACGCACACUUUCAUUGCACACUGUGAAUAACACAACUGAGCUGAACUCCCUACACCCUUAAACUACUUGCAUAUUUAUUCCUAAAUAUUUUGCAAUAUGCAUAUGGUUUCUAUACUUAUAAUCAACAACUUUAAAUCAAAUUGUAGCUUUUUUAAUUUACGUAAUUCGAAACGCUCAUGGGAUUGUAGUUCAUGCCCAAAGGACACAGUCUUGUACACUUUGUCUUUUUGUCCCAUUUUCAAGUACUUUACUUUUAUUUUUUAUUCAAGUUUGUAAUGUUGUAUUUCGCCUCAGAGCUGGUUGGUUUUGUUCAUGGCUUAUAACUCUUUUAUGAAGGAUAUUGUGGAAUCCCUAUCAAAGAAGUGAAUGGGAAAAUACUUCUGAAACCAGGACGGCUGAAAAAGUGGGCAGGCACUGUUGCGCUUUGUUCACAGAGAAUCUUGUUAAGCUGACAUUUUAACCAAAAGAUUAUUCCUUAAACGGAUCAACAUGAUAUUGUAAUCCAACAUGCUUGCAUUUUUAGCUUACAUAGAUCCUUUGGGUUCACCUUGGUGGUGCUGAUUAGAUCUCCAUGGAGAUAUCUCUAAAGAGGUUUGUUUUCUAUUCAUUAGUGAGUGCACAGACACAUUUCAGGUACCUGUUAAACCUUGUGUAAAUGUCAAAAUACAGUCAACGCACAGUCUCUCACAAUUCUGGAAAGUGUUGAUGGUUUUCAAUCGUGUAAACUUAAGCAGAAUCUUGCUGACAAAGUCUGAAAUUAGAGCGCAACACUUGUUGUUUUGUUUUUUUUCAA